GAAUGAUGAAACAAAUUAAUUCGCUAUCUUAGAUUAUUGAUUUGAGGCCAAUACGAAUUUAUCGACUUGUCAUUUUUAGCAAUUUUCCAUGUGCCACUUAAAGUAGAUAAAUACCGAUUUUUGGACAUUGUGAACGCGAUUUCAUAAAAUAUUUGAUAAUUCGUAACAAAAAUAUCGUAUCGUGAACAAACUGAAUUAAGUAAUUUAAAAAAUUCGGUGUUUUAUAAAACCGAUUUUUUUAACAUCACAAGUGCUUAGCAUUAAACCACAAAACAAAUGUCAGAUAAAGAGGGAUGCCCGAGUACCAUCGCUGUUGUCAAAUAUAAAUAAACACUAAGCUUAAAAUAUUUACGCUCAACGAGAAAGUUGCGUAUACAAUAGAUUUGAUUAAAUAAAGCCGGCAGUUCAUGGAACUUGGAACAAAAGGACUCAAAUAAGGCUUGACAGCAAUGUUCAAUUUAUUGUGUAACGCCUAUUAUGUAUUAAUUAUUUUUCACAGAUACGCAGCUCCUGGAUCGUUACAAUAUGUAGAAAUGGAUAAUUUAGAUGAUGAUUGCUUGGUGAGUAUUUUUAAGCAUGUUACAGACAUCCGUGAUCAGGUACACAUUGCGCGAGUUUGUUCGCGUUUUGGAGAGAUUUUCAUAGGCAUAUGGCGCCGUCAGAAUACCUACCGGACUCUCAAUUUAUCAGAAUGGCGUAAUUGGCUGCCAGACGCACAGGAUUUCUCAUAUUUCUUUCAAGCAACACGCGAUGGCUUGAUGUCAAUAGUCGUCGAUGAUGAAACUUUAAAUACAUUUUUGGUUGAUAUGCGGUAUUUUUUGAAUGCAACUGGGAAUAAAGCUGAUAGUGAAAGUAACCGUCUCUCUCUGAAAGGGGUACGACAUUUUGUAGAUGAAGAAAAAUCUAUGGAUACCAUGAUUACAGAUAGCGAUACGAAAAUUUUAGCACAAACAUUUCCAAAUCUAAAAUCACUGUAUAUAAAGGAACCCCUAAGUGGACAGCAUCUUGUCGAUUUUUUACAACUAGAGGAAUUGUAUUUAUACGUGCCAUCGAACACUCACUUCGAGAUUGAAAAUGCCCAUUUUGAGGAGAUAUGCCUGCGGUUAAAAAAUUUGCGAAUAUUAGAUGUACGCAGAUAUGACGGAAAGAGUUGCCUUGAUUUGAAACCUGUGUUAAACUGUAACAGCUUGGCUACGCUUAAAGUUAAUUUAAAUCCACUUAAAAAUAUCCUCUCGGAAGUAUUGCGGCUACCGAAAUUGGUUUGUCUUAAUGUAAUGCUGGAUUUUGAAAUCGAUAUUGGAAGCAUACAAAACGUAGAUACGCAUGAUUUCAAAAUUUACGAAACAGUUGAAUUUCAUGAUAUAUUAAAAACUCAGAAGGAGCGUAUAAACGGUAUAGCAAUAGAUCUUUACUAUUUUCCAUUGGAUUCCAAUUUGGAUUUAGAUUUAGCUCUGUGGCAAGGUGGGAAGAAAUUGAAAAAAUUUUGCCUUUGUAACUGUGAAUUUAAUCCGGAUGAACUGAUAAAUUACUUAAGCACGAUGAACUGCUUGGAAAUUCUAUGCUGUCGCCAUUGGGAACAAUUGGAAAACAAACAUGUAGUACAUUUCGUUGAGCGAUGUCCACAAUUGGAACAUUUGGACAUUAGUUACUGUCCUAACAUCAAUGGAAAGUUACUUUAUCAAAUAUUGGACGUACUCAAAAUGCAGGAUAAGGAAUAUCCAUUGCAUCUCUAUUAUCUGAGAAGUGGCCUCGAACAUGAAGUGGAAAAAAUGGUGAAUAAAUAUGACCCGAUGAUUUGGCGUUUAGUGAAAUUAUCCACGGAAUUUCCGCCCGGUUCGGAAAAGGGAUUGAGUUAUGUGUAUCGAGGUUAUGAGUUUGAUUUCAUUUGCAAUGAUAUGUCACCGCAAAGUUUCUAGAUUAAGAGCCUAACGCAAUGUUUUGAUCUCUGACAAUCAAAAAAGCUUAAUCGAUUUCAAAAUAAAUAUAUUUACAUAUGUAUGUAUUUACCAUGUAUGAAACAAUUGCAUUUUUAGAACUUCCCGUUAUCCUUUUAGUAUCUCAAGAUUUACCAAAAAUGUUCACAUGAGUUUCAGUAGAAAUAUGAUGUUUAUAGGUAAAGGAGGAAAUCUGGCCAACACCAAAUCGUUCAUCGGCUUUCAACGCUAUGACCAGCAGCCAAGUUACUUUCACAAUUUGUAAUCUACUACUGGUAUUAGUCGUAUCUCUUACGCGCAAAGUAAAGUCUUUAGAAUUGGUACCUGAUGUUAAUUUUGCUCUCUGACAGACAAAAAUAUUUAAAAUAAUGUGAAUUAAGAAUGUUUUAAAGACUAAACAAGUUAGUGUGGAAAAUAAAAUAAAAUUCUAAGACUCAAACAGAAAUACGCAAAGUGCAUACGGUGACCAAAAAUUCCCAUUAUUUCUGCUUAGUUUACAUUCAAUUGCUACAUUUUUUCAUUAGCGCGAAUACCAUCAGUGGUGUAAGAAUUUAUUCCUUUCGCAAAAAUUAGUUGCGCAAUUUGGUGAUUAACAGACAUCGCGUGCUUAAAAGGGUAAUAUAAAGCUGAAGUGAUAACACAAAGUAUUAUUAUAUUACUUAUGUAACAAGAAUAUUUAAUAAAAAUAAGUAUACAAUGAAUGAAUAUUGGUGGAUGACGAUGCCACUGUUAUCAGUGAUGUAAUGCCAAUAGUUUCUGGCCUGUGCCGCGUACCAUUCACAAUUAAUUUUUUGUCGAUGGUUUGUUAUAUGAAUUUAAAGCGUUGCCACUUGUUAUGAAAUUAACUCUCCGA